AGUCCUCGAUCACGUCGACCGACCAUAAUAACUUAGCUCAGACCGAGUCGCUUCCUUCGUCCAUCCGUGUCCGACUACGACGGCCGCCAUGGCCAUAACCAAUGAGCCAAUCAAGGAUCGCCGAUGAGCUUAAGAUAUGUUUCUACUGUUCUUUGGGGCAAGGUGGGUAAAUCCUUCGUCAUCUAAUGGCCCGAAGUCGCUUUUCGGUGGUGGAGGGCGGGCUGCACGCAGUAAUUAACCUUACAUUGCAUGUUCCGACGAGUUACCCGUGCACGAUCGACUGCGCAGGUGGACUGCCUUGCGUUAGAUUAGUGGAGGACCAGGAAAUUGCGGAUGUGGAAUCCUGCUUGCCAUCUUCUGGCUCACUGACUUUCUUUCUUCCAUUCUUCCUUUCUGUGGUCUCUUCCCCAGAUCCCAAGAAUAAAUCCGCAAAACAAGAUAUGCUUACUGCCUACUCUGGUAAUUCUGAGCGAUCUGGAUUCAAUACGCAGGGGGCCCUACCUGAGCCAAUUGCGACCCUUCGAUCCAGAAUAUUGUACGGCAGGUCACGAUGGCAUCAUCCCAUACCCCAAGCAGAGGGUGUCACAGACACAUUGAGAGUUGCGACACUGACAUGGUGGCGAUGGUUGGCCACCGGGCUGAGGAUCCAUGUCCCCGCGACACGGACCCCUUCUCCUCUUCCCUCCCCCCGGUUAAUCAUCCAAGAACAGUAUUUGAGCUACCUAUAUUAGGGGACAAUAAAGAUCUCUCCCGGAUUGGCCAAGCUGGUUCAUGCAUUGAUUGGCAGCA